GGAGGAGCAACAGAACACAGAAACACAGAGAGACAGAGAGCUCCACACACAUCAGUUAGUGGCUUUAGGAGGACAAGAGUGAGAGAGGACAUAAAAAGAAAGAAGAAGAAGAAAAGAAAGAGAAAAGAGAAGAAGAAACUAAAGAAACAGACAUACAGAGGAAAGUGAAAGGCUGAGGGAGUUGUUGCUCGGUUGGAAAUCCAUCCAGCAGACUGCAGAGACUUCACUUUGUGUCCAAGUAAGUGGACAAAACCAGUGUGACUUGGAGUCUACUGGGAGGACGGACUGGUUUUUACCCACAGUGAGCAGACUGCCAAGCACCAUGGCUGACAGCGUGAAUGAGGAGUCGGAUUAUAACCCAGGGAAAGAUGAGCUGGACUGGGGCUAUGAGGAAGGCGUAGAAUGGGGACUCCAUUUCCCAGCAGCCAAUGGAGAGUACCAGUCUCCCAUUAACUUGAACUCCAGGGAGGCUCAGUAUGACCCGUCCCUCCUGGAUGUCGGCUUAUCACCAAACUAUGUGGUGUGUCGAGACUGUGAGGUCAUCAACGAUGGACACACCGUCCGCAUCAUUCUCAAGUCCAAGUCAGUGGUAACUGGGGGUCCAUUGCCUAGUGAUCAUGAGUAUGAGCUUCAUGAGGUUCGAUUCCACUGGGGCAAAGAGAACCAGAGAGGAUCAGAGCACACUGUCAACUUCAAGGCUUUUCCUAUGGAGCUCCACCUGAUUCACUGGAACAGCACUCUGUUUAACACUUUGGAGGAUGCUCUUGGGAAGAGGAAUGGAGUUCUUAUCAUAGCUCUCUUUGUGCAGAUUGGUAAGGAGCAUCUAGGUCUAAAGGCCAUCACUGAAGUCCUACAGGACCUGCAGUACAAGGGGAAGAGCAAGAUAAUUCCCUGCUUCAACCCCAACACUCUGUUACCAGACCCUUUACUGAGAGACUACUGGGUGUAUGAAGGAUCUCUGACCACACCACCUUGCAGUGAAAAGGUGACCUGGAUCCUCUACCGCUACCCUCUCACCAUCUCACAGUUACAGAUUGAGGAGUUUCGGAGGCUGCGGUCCCAUAUCAAAGGGGCAGAGCUACUAGAAGGGAAUGAUGGGAUGUUGGGGGACAACUUCCGUCCGACCCAGCCGCUUAGUGAUCGGACGGUCCGCGCUGCCUUCCAGUGACUCCCAGUUUCCACCGCCAACUCAGAAAAACAUUGGGACCUACACAUACAAGUACAGAAGAGAGAAGGAGGAAGAGGUGUGAAGAGAGGAGCGGAAAAAGAGGGAGUGAGAGAGAAAGUUGAUGUGGUUGUAGAUCAGUUACAGACCGAAGGUGGACAAAGAAACUAUUGAUCUCACACCUCAGUGUUCGCUUUUGUUCGUGUGUGUGUUUGUGUGUCUGUGUGUGUGUGUAGGUGUGUCCUUUCUGGCAUAACCUCUCUGACCCCCUCUCAUUCUUACUGUCUAUGUGAGCCCAUGCCUGCAUGUGUCCUGUCUGUCUCUAGUAUUAUUGUAUGUGUGUGAUAGGAGGCUUCACAGCUGACCCGUCUCUGCUGUCAAAACAAGAGGAAGUAUGAACCACAGAUGUACCUGAACACACACACACACACACACACACACACACACACACACACACACACGCACGAAAAACCUUACUGUAAUGGCAGAGACACAUACACACUCAACAUACACACGUGUUUUUGCACACAUUUUGUGCAUACACCAGGCUGGUCAUUAUGUGUUACAGACUGAAAGUGCUGUAGUAGACCUGGAUAAGUUCAACACACAAUUUACAGACUAUAUUUCUAACAUAAUACUUUGUUUGAAUCAAUUGUAUCUGACAAUGCAGUCAACGUGAAAGGGAAAAAUGUUCAUAUUAAAAUAUAUUUCAAUACAUGAAUCCACAUUGUUGGCCAAUUUAGACAAACCACCACUGAUGGGCUGGCACCUGACUUGUCAAUCACCUAGCAAUGUCAUAUGUGUAACAUUAUUUCACUUUUUAAGCCCUUUUGCCCAAGAAAUUCGUCCAAGAGGUCCUGAAGAACCUGCAAUAUGUGGGAAAUAUAGUAUAGGGACAGUUAAAACAGAGUGGUGGUUUCACAGGGUGAUGGUGAGCAGCCACUCCUGUGUAUCUCUUGCUACCCUUUUCUGGCUGAAAUGUUUCUGAUUUUUAUUAAAUGGGGUAUUUCUUCUGAUUACAAAGCAAAGAGUGAUGGAGUUUGAUGAUAUGAAUCACCAGGUAGCAAGUGAUUCCUGCUGAGUUUAGUCACAUAACGUUUAUGCUCUCACUGUCUGUGUGAAUGUGAUUAGUUCCACUGCAACACAGUCACCAGAAUAAAUGUUGGUAUUGUGCGUUUUGUAAACCACAAAUAAGUUGUAUUUGCAUUUUAAUAUAUAGCGGAUACACUAAAACUUUAUGUUUCCACAAUGCUGUGGUUAAUGUGUGGUUAUGUUUAGGCACAAAAACCACUUGGUUAUGGUUUGAAAAAUAUCACGUUUUGGCUUAAAAUACUCCAUUUUAGGGGCACAAUCCUCAGUGUAAAAGUAGCAAUGUCUCGCUAAAAAACAACCACUUUUCAUAGCACCAUCCCUGCUGUAAAAACAUAGCACCUGGUUGCUACAAAACACCCGCAUUUGGUGACUAAAAUGCUGCUGGAAGCAGCAGUGACUUGCUAAGACACAACCAGGUUUUAGGUUUGUUGGUGUCAAACAGUUGUCUGCAGACAUCUCCCUGAGGUGUCACACCAGCCCCCUACCUCCCAAUGACUAAGUCAGCUCAUACGUGACUUUAGAAAUGUUGAUAUGAGACAUAUGAAUUGUAACAUAUUUGUGGUUUGCAGCAACUGGGCCACUGCCACUGCAGUAGGGCCCCCAAGGACCCCUACAUUGAUAUAGAUUAGGUCACGGGGCCCCAUUUGAUAAGAUUUCACUACAGGGACCUCCAUCUGAAAAGAUUUUGGUUGUUAUGACCAGUAGCCUUUGAUCAGAACAAUCACUCUUAUGACUCUUGAAAACAUUAGUCUCACUUCUAUAGUGAAGUAAAAAGUGAAAAUAAACCAUUCCCCAUUUCCUGGGGACUGCCUGGAAUUCCCUCAAGGACACCUGAGGGUCCCCAAAACCCUUUUUGAAAACCAUUGGUAUUUGGUAUAGACAACACAGUUGAGUAACUUAACAGUACUCUCUCUGUACUGACCUUACAUUAUAAAGCUUUAAGUCAGCUAAUAAGGGAAUAUAAACGCGAGUCUGGGAGUAAUUGGUUGACAGUGAUUUUUAUCUAUUAACGUGCAUAAUAUGUUAUAAUAGUUACAUUUUAAUAAGUUUGUUAAGACUGGUAAGCUUAAAUUGUGGUGUUGAGGUGGCUACUGGUGUGUAAGUGCUCCAUGCAGAGAUAUCUGCUGCUGCUUAAACCUCCUCUGCAUCUUCAUCGCACCAUGCACUUAGAGCAGAUUUAGCUAACCAGACUCACAUUAUUGGAAUUCUUGGCAAUGAAGUCCUUCAAAAAUGUUCCAGAAAGUGUUAAUUACAGUUAAAUCAGAUAUGGUCCAGUUAUUACGGUCUGGAUCAUUAAUAGUGCUAGUCUCACUGUCUUUAUUCCCUGUGUCAGUACAAGUUUUGUGCCCUGUCAUUGUCGAAAGAAAGAAAUCCUGAAGACUUUUCCUCUUUAAAAAUUUCAAAUAAAUAUGUGGACUAUUAAUACCUUUAACCCUCAUUAAAAUCAGUGAAACACUACUCUCAUCACUCCCUUCAUACUGCUAUAAUUAUAUCUGGCAUUAAAAUAUGCCCUGUAUGUGGACAAGUUAUCUGGACAAGGAAAAAUGCAUGUUAUUACAGAUGAUUGGGAUCAAAUCAGCCAGACCCAUCUGGAGGUGGUCAGGGUCACAUUGUGAUUGGAUGUCGGUCAGGUGUAAAUGUAAUUCAUACAAUUUUUCAUUUUUUCAUUACAUGGCUUUUAUUUUUUAUUUUUGCCUUUUUUUCUAUGUGUUGAAAAUCUUUUUUUUUUUUUUUUUUUUUUUU